CAGCAUUAAGGCUAAUGGGGAGGCCCAAUAAAGUAUUAUAAAUAGGAAAAUAUUUCAAAGCUAACUUAGUACUCUCUUGUACAGAUUGUAUAUCACUCAGGGGUGGGGAAUAGAGUUCAAUUACAUUUGAGAGGAUACCGCUAGAGCAGUUCAAUCCUCGUUUUACAGUUCUCAAUAUCAGUUUGCUCCUGACCUGUUGUCUGGCUUAGAUAAAAGAGUAACAAACUUUAUCCGUUUGUCCUAUGGACACUCAAGUGUCACGCUUUAUGCAACAGGUUUAAAUGGCCUACAUUCAUCUUCCAGUGCCAAGAGAGUCCAAAGCACAUCUGCUCUUGGCACACAUAUAAAAGAGUGCUUACAGUCAUUUUAAAGACAAUUAAGAAGGAAAUACUAUUGUAAGUCGUUGAACUUCUGUAUAAUUUCAAAUGAAUGGACAUAUUCAAUCAUCUCUGACAGCAAAUUCACUGUUUUGGAUUUCUAAUAAUAACAUACUCAUUACUGAUAGCCAAACACUAUUGGGCUGUGACCAUGUCUUUACAAUUGAUGAGGGCAGUGACGUAUAAUGUCUUACAAUGUCAUGGUCUUUGCAGUGUGACAUCUCUUCAUCUAUUUAGCAAAAACUGUUCUUGAAGUAAAUGGGAGAUAUAAAUGAAGUAGCCGGCUUCGUCGACAAGUCACAGUACAGCCAAACUAACUUUUUAUACCCAAAUACAUUCAAAUAUACAGCACAGCAGGGCUACAAGAAACAAGGAAAAUACAACUUUGAAGCGAAUAUAAAUGUGAAUAAGACCUUUCUCCUCUCUUUCAAACUCCCAGGGAAUGUUUCUGCUAUUGACGUAAACUAAACAAUAAGUGAAAUAAGCUUAUUUUCAUCCAUUAGAAAUUGCUUCACAUCACACACCAGUGAUGACCCUCUCCCUCAUGGCAUGCCUUAUCCUUGAAUAAGAGUCACUGCACCACUGUGAUUAAACCGGCAUGGCUGAUAUGAAUUUUCACUACAUCGAAACAGAUGGCCAGACCCUUCACUGCUGCAUUGUGUUACAGUGGGCAAUCAGAUGACCUGCUGUCUGUUUUAAAAUACUGCCUUUUGUUUACUAAAGUAAGUCUCUCAUCCUGUCCAGGGAGCUUGCCUUCGUAAGCCUUUAAGCAGAGGGGGUAAUUCAAUUUGACCACAGCACGCUGCAUCAAUUAAAAACACAACAUCAAACCGGGCUUAAAGAAUAAUGUUGCACCUAAAAUACCUUUGCAGCAGCAUUUACUGACCAGGAUCAGUGAGAGGCAGCAUUGUGUUGGCAAAGCCCUGAUAUUCCUGUCACAUUUUGGUGGAGUCAUUUUUAGAAAUGCCAAAUAAGCCAGGGGAGGGGAGAAUGAAGAGAGAAAAAAAAGAGGCGGAUUACUUGUUUAUGCUGCUGCAUCCGUCCUGGUGUUGCUGAGGAGGGGUAUGUUGUGAAUGACAGAAGUGAGACUAACAAGUGGUUGCCAUGCAGCAGGAGCAAGCGUGCGUGCUUCAGUAGGGAGAUAUAGAGAAACAGAAUGAUGAGUAGGAGGCAGCAAGAAAAGGAGCAUGAAGAGAGGAGCUCUAUCUCUGAGAAGAGACACAUAUCAUAGUUUGAUCCAGCCUCUCCCCUUGCGUCUCCGUUUCUUUCUAGCUUUUUGUUUGGAUGAGAGGUUACCCUAAAACAUCCAGUAUGUCAGCGAUGGAUGGUUUAAUGGAUAUGCAUCUCAGGGCUGCACGAAAGAGGAGUUGUUUGCAAGAAACAGCAGCAACAGGUCUGUGAGGAUGGAACGAUAAUGGCGGUAACAUGCAGGCUUCUAAACGCCUGACACCAUCAGAGGCGAGAUGAGGCAACUAGAUGUUGGUUUACAAUGUGGAGCGUCCACUACAACCACUCCCUUGCUGCCAUGAGCGGAAACGACAUGAUGGCGCACUACCUGACUCUGGAGCAGAAGACAGCGUUUGCCUUCGUGGGGAUGCUGCUGGUGUUCCUGGGGCUGCUCAUAGUAAGGUGCUUCAGGAUCCUGCUGGACCCUUACAGCAGUAUGCCCUCUUCCAACUGGGCUGAUGGCAUUGAGGGGCUGGAGAAAGGGACAUUUGAGUACGCUCUCACUUAACACAGGGAAACACACAUCCAUAGAUGUAUUAAAACAAUUAAAAUGCCUAGAAACACAGACAUGUACACAUAUGGACGCCAAUACACUUGUACAUAUUCAAACACAAGCCACAGCCCUGCACAACCACUGCACCUGACACACCUCUCUCUGUGAUGGACCAAACUAAGAGACUGAAGCUGUGUAUUUUUUGUAUGUGUGUGCACUUUUGGUUCAGGGCCAGUGUGGAUCCUCUCUACUGUAUGUGAUUACACGUCUGGUGUGCGUGUCUGAGCGAGUGUGAUGCAGAUGCUGUGUCAUUUUCAUCGCCCUUCUGCCAGGGGUCUGCAUUUCAGCUCAUCGAUUUACACAGAAACGGCUGAAGCUCCCUUUAACCCAUACUUACAAGUUGAAUGUCUGUAGAGGAAAGGAGGUGGAUGCUUUAGAACAGUGUGGGGAAUUAGGGUGCAGUGGGAUUAUUCAGAUGUAUUUUGAAGACUCAGGGACAAGAAUCCUUAUGUGAACUCAGUGGGAAACAGAGCGGUUGCACCUCUGCAUGCACAGCUGUUCUGCACAGGAAUGUGAAUGGUUGGAUGCAGGGUAUUGUGUCAAGCUUGUGUUUUGUGGACUAAUUAAAUCCAAUCUGUUGGUGAUCCAAAGGAAUGCUGCUGCUGCUGCUGCUGCUGCUACUUAGUGUGUGUGUAUGGGAUGGUCCGUUCCGCGGACACAUGCAAUGAAAUGCAACUGAACAAACUGUGAUUUACAUUAUGGUGUUACUGUUUCUAAAUGAUGCAAAACCAACUCUCAGAGUUUGGACUGCUGUUGUAUUUGAGUGAUGGUAUACCAUAUGUUGCCACGAUUACAUGUCUGAGUGAAAUAAACUGUUUACCUUUGACAGUAAGUCUGUAUUAUGUUGAUUAAUGGACUCUCAAUUAUUCAGAUUGUUAAGCGAAUUGUUGGCUGAUGUGAUCAAGCCAAAGAACUGUUAAAGGGGAAAGAGGAUUGUGAACUUAAUGGACUCUCUAGCUCUUCGCUGCUAGUUUUAUAAUGACAAGGAUAAACUCUCACUACGUGUCUGCAGAAGAAAAUGUCACAUGGAAAAAUGGGCUGGGAAUGUCUGUCAGCCCUGGACGUGAACACCCUUUUCCCAGCCAUCUUCACCCUUUCUCACCUGCGCUCUUGCUGCCAGACAGAGGAAGACAGGACAGUCCUAAACAGAGAUCCUGUAAUACGGCAGACUUGUCAAAGUCUAGAAUGUUGCUUUGCUAAUUUCUACGGUAUACGGUUUCUCCUUAGUGCUGUGAAUCUGCCUUACUGUGACCUUCAAUGGGUUUAUGUGCCUUCAUCUAAAAACAUAAGAGCAACUGUGUGUGUAUAUGUGUGUGUGUCCGAGCGUGUGUAUGGCAUAUCAUGACGACAGAUAGUUCAUCUCCUGACCUGGUGCUUGCACAGAUGGUGGUAGAUAAUUCUCCAUGAUAUAGAUUUGAUUAAAUGAUGUAAAAUAAAUAGAAUU